UUAAAAGUAUUCACUGAAUUAAAUAUUUCUUUACUAAAUGUAGGCCCAAAUGUUAUAAAAGCUUGGUUUGAUACAGAUGAUAAAGAUUUGAAAAGGUUAUUAAACUGGAUGUGUACUUCUUUAUCCAAAGAAAAUUACUUGUCUCCUAUAGAAAAUGCAGAAUUUUCAGAAUUGAAAGUACCAUUAAUGGGCGAGAAAUAUGAACAAGAAGUUAAAAGUAUUAAAUCAGAAUAUCCAGGUAUUUUUGAUGUAGAUAUGACUGAACUGGAAAUUGAACUACUUGAAGAUGAAAUUGAAUUAGCUUUAGAAGAAAAUAAGCACCUUGAUGAACUGGCAAAAAUAAACGAAGCCUUGCAAAUUGAACUUGUUAAAGAUAUAGCCACUGAGACCUCUGAAGAAAUUAAGACUGCAUUAAAACUAAAAUCCACACAAGAAAUGUGCAACUCAUUAGGAGAAAAAUUAGAUGAAGUAAACGGUAAACUACAUGCUCAGCUGGUGAAGUAUGGAUCUAAUCUAUAUAAUUUUGAAUUUGGUUCUGUGCCUAAUUUUAUAAAUAAUAUAGAUAUGAAGAAAUGCAAAGAAAAUUUCGACAAUAUAACCUCUUUCUUAACACCGUUGUUAGAAGUAGAAUUUUAUCCCUCCAGUUUAAGCAUGGCUGAUGCAGAAAACCAAACUUUUUCAGACACAAUAAGCACAAAUGAUCCUAUAUCAAAUACUUUAAAUAUUAUGAAAAAUAGGAUUCUCCAUAGUCAUCAAAAUUAUGUAAUAAUGAAAAUUGAGGUAGAAAAAGCAAGAGAAAUGUUACAUUAUUUAAAUAAGACUGAUAUCGAUUCCAUAUUACAUCUGGAGGAAAAUGCUUAUACACAAAUGAGCAGGGAAGGCAAAGAAGAAACAAAGCGUAGAAUGUGUGGAAUGUUGGACAAUAUCUCUGAAAAAUUAGCUGAACAUCAUAUUGCUCAAACAAAGUACAAGUAUGCUCAACAGGAACAAAAAAUUUAUCAAGCAAAACUGGAGAGUCUUAAGGAAAUCGAAGACAUGGUCAUAAAAUUUUUAUCCCAGUAUAUUUUACUGAAAAUUUUGUACAUCCAAGAAAAGAAAGAUAUUGAUAACUCUGACCAAUUUUUCAGAAAAAUUCUUCAGUACAUCAACAAAGAUCUACAGAGCUGUACUUUACGAACAGAAAAAAUGAACAAGAUCAUUUGCAAAUAUGGAGAUUACAAUUUGAAGAGUAUUGGAGAAAGAUUUAAUAUGAUCAAAUCAAUUGUAAGGAUUCUUACAAAUGAGCCGGACUUUGAUUUGCAGAAGUCCUUGGAAGUUGUCUGUGAAUUCAAGAGUGAAUUGGGCGGAUUGGAGAAUAAGCUGUUCUGCUCUGAUUUUUACAGCCAUAAAGAAAUGGUUAAAGAAUUGAGAAACAAUGUCAACAUUCUUCAGUCAUUUCUUAUUUGUGGCCCUACUCACAGAAUUGUUGUGAUGCCACCUGAACUUCAGAAAAUCCUAGGUGAAGUAGAAGAGCACCUGAAACAGCAAAUCACUUCGAUCAAAUCUGCUGUUCAAAUUAAUUCUUCCAUGAACAAGAUACCCGACAAAUGGCAAAAUUACCGCAGGCAAUUGUGGAUGUACUUCUACACUGACCCUAAGAAGAUGUUCCUUAUAUUGCAAGAAAUCGAAGAAGAGUUCAAAAGUAAAAGUUCAGUUUAGUUGAUAAUGAAAGAAAGUAUGUUAUGUUUAUAAAUUUUUCCAAUUUUUUUAAAUAAUU